GUUUUAGAACGAUUACGUCGGUAUCUGUGUGACAAAAUAAUUGCAGAAAGACAUUUUGACUAUCUACGUUCAAAGAAAAUACUGAGUAGAGAGGACACUGAAGAAAUCUCUUGUCGAACGUCAAGUAGGAAGAAGGCUGGGAAACUGCUGGAUUAUUUAGCAGAACAUCCAAAAGGACUAGAUGCACUGAUAGAAUCUAUCAAAUGUGAAAAAACACAAAACUUCCUGUUAGAAAAAAUAACUGAUGCUGUCUUGAAAGCAAAAAAUGAAAAACUUGAAAGCCUUAAAGGAACAAGUUGUAACAACUGCAUGGCUUCAGUAUGUGAGCAACCAAACAAUCUCUCUAGAUCACAGUCAAAUGAAUCUAAUCUGUUUGAAAAACAAAGAGACAGAGAAAACACCUACCUACAUUCAGAAGAAUACAGUACAGCUGCUUUUGCAUCUGCCUCUUCUCUUUGUUCAAUGAAUUUCCCUAUUACAGAGGUUGGAAAUAUGGAAAAUUCAGUUUUCUCUACUCUUCCAGGACCUGGAGAUCCUGGAGCACCUCCUAUUCCAACAGAAUUGCAGAAUGAACAAGAGGAAAUAUCUACUUCUAGUGAAAAUCCCUUUCUACCAUUACGAUCCCGCUCACUUCUUCCAUAGUGGUUGCCUUUCUUGAUUAAUUUUAAAAGGGUAAUAUUAUGCUGGAUGUUGCCUUAAAAAAAUGUUUCUAAACAGUCAGUUCACUAAGAGAACAGAGUAAUUCAUCUUAAAAAUUGCUUACUGUACAUGAUUGUAUUACUUUUUAAAACUGAAAGUAGGUGUUUUCCGUAAAUGUUCAUAUUUAACUAAUCAUCAAGCUGCUUGUAUUGAGUUGUGCAAAUUAUAAUCCUGUACUUGUGUAUUCAGAAGUAAGCCCCACUGAUUUCAAUGGGACUUACAGGUAAGUGAAUAGAGGCAUUUAAAACAAUUCUUGCUCUAUUGAAAAAUAAUAUAGGAAAAUGAAUAAUUAAAAAGAUUUAGUAUUUAUACAUUUUUGUAAAAAUGUACUGUGUUUGGGGUUAUAAUCUCUCACAGUUGUCGUAUUGGAAUAAAGCUUCAACUGAGCAAUUCUGGUUAAUAUCUGGAAAAUGUUGCAUUCUGCUUGAACAGUAUAAUCAGGAAGUAAUGAAGACCUCAGUAAAGAGGGAAAAAUACCUUCUGAAUUAAAGUAUUAUGACUAUAUCUUUGAAGAUUGAUCAGUCCCGUCUUAUACAGGUGGUCCUCGUUUAAUGAUCGCUUGUACAGCAGCCGCACUGAACAAGUGGUACUUACAACUGGUCCUCGAAGUUCCAGCCAUUGCAGCACCCCAGUGGUCACAUGAUCGCAAUCCAGGCACUCAGCAACUGGACUGGAUUUCCGACCAUCGCGGUGUCCCGCAGUCUUGUGAUUGCGAUUUGCAACCUUCCCUGCCUGCUUCCCCCAAGCAAAGUCAGUGGGGAAGCCAGCAGGAAGUUGGAAGUCACAAUCACAUGAGAUCCUCACUUAAUGACUCGUGUGGUCCUUACUUAACAAUGGUAACCAGGAAUUUUACCGGAAUUGCUGUAGCUAAGCGUGGUCACAUGACGUCGUACUUUAUGAUCUCUUCACUUAGCGAUGGAAAUUCUGGUCCCAAUCACCAUCAUUAAGCAAUGACUACCUGUAGGUGACUUCUUUUGUUCUGAAUGAUUGAUUCUCCAAGUUAACUUUUUAAAAAUUAUAGCGAUAAGUCUCUUUUAAAUUAAGUAUAUAUUAGGCAUUAAAUGUAUACAGUUCCUUAAGAAUUGGAGCUUAAAAUACCUGUAGCAUGCUUACUUGACAGUAAGUUUGGUUGAGCUCAGUGGAGCUUAUUUCUGAGUGGAUAUAUUUAAGUUUGCACUUUACAACAUUGAGUAUAUUUCUAAAACAAAAAUCCUCAGUUUCAGUGCUUAUUUCUCAAGGUGAAACAAUGUUGUAUUGGACACAUAUUUUCUACUAUGCCAUCUCAGGGAGUGUAAGAUCAUCUCAUAUUUCAAAAGUUUUUCUCAUGGCUUCAUCAAGAUGCAACACUGUAAAGGAAAGAUUAGUUUUCUGGGCAUUUAAAAGGCAUAUUUAUUUUUUGGGUAGCAUAAAAGUGGUUUUUUUUCUUCAUCUUUAGCUUUUGCCAUUUUUGUUUCUUGAACAUUAGAAAACAAUACGUUAGAUUAAAUUCAAAUUUUACUUAGCCAAAAGCAAAAUGAGUUUCAGUAAGGCUUCUGAGAUAACAAAAGUUUAUAAAUAACUUUGUUCUUUUACAAUAUCUUGGAUAAAAUUGCAGCCAGUUACCUAGUUUAAAUAAACAGAUAGCUUUGUGUUUCACGUGUUAUUCAGAAAUAUGUCUGAGUUCAGUAGAACUUGUUCCCAUAUAGACAUCCAUAAGAUUACAGUCCAGUAUUUUAAGAAGAGUUUAUAUGAACUCAAGUUGGUACUAGGUUAUGUUAUACAAUGCACUGGUUCCCUGCUUCAGAAUACAUCUGUCUUGAGCCUCAAUCUAAUCUAAUCAUAUUUUGGGUCUCCUGAUAAUCUGACCAUUUCUGUUAACAGCUUUUUGAUGCAAAUGCUACCUCAGCUCAAACUUCCAUGAUGUUGUUUUAUGGAGCAUGAAUUUCCUUGUUUGGCUACCAACUGCAGAUGUUGCCAAAUUUAUAAAAAAAAACACUGUAUUUGCAUAUUAAUGGACUGAUCCCUAUUACUCUCAUAUUUUCUUUUAAAAGUUUUAUAGCUUCCUUAGUGUUGAAAUUAAAUCGGGUUUUUCUCUCUAUUGUGCUUCAUUUCAUAUAUGCCAAAACCUGUGUGAAUUACUAUAGGUAAUACAGCUACAUAGGCCAAUUUUGAUUAUGAUGUGUACUACAAUAGAGAAAAAUAACAAAUACUGCUCUAAUAAAUAAUAUGUUUGGAAAUUAUUGUAUUCUUAAGUCAUACUUUUUAAAAAUGUGUGCUUUUGUAUAAAGCAAUAUUGAACUGAAAAAUAUUUAGAGGUAUGUGCUUUCUGUUUAAUGCUUUACAAAUAUUUCCCAUAGGCAGUCUAUGAAGCAUUUGUAUAAUAAAUGUAACCAAUUUGUUUGUAUA